AUGCCGAGCUAAAGGUUGAUACAGCUGUCAAGGACCACAUCACUUGGACAUUUGAGUUUCUUUUCUCCGUCAUUCUCCACCUACUCCGCCUGAAUGCCACACCAUGCCGUUUGCAGCACGACUCCUGCUUCUAAUGAGCGUGGGCGUCCUCAGCGUCCAAGGAAACUUAAUGACUGUAAGUAUCUCAACCGCGUUUGCCAGACAAUGGUUAAGCAAUCAUCUUGUUGUCAAUUGUUACAGGCGGUGUUAAAAGGUGUAAUGGAUGGAAUUAAUUUGUUCAAGAGGAUACCUGAUAACCUCAUUCACACGGAUCCUUGUCAUCCAAACCCCUGCACAAAUGGCAAUUGCACUGAGUCCGGCAGGAACUUUCUGUGUUUGUGUGAUAUGCCUCACAAAGGCAAAACAUGCACACAAACCAGAAAUCUGUGCCACGGGAUUGAGUGUGGUCACGGUGACUGUGUGCACCAGGACAAAUUCCCCUUUUACGCCUGCAAGUGCUAUGAGCCUUUCCGAGGCCCUGACUGCCAAUCAUUGUCAACGUCUCCUUGUGACCCCAAUCCUUGUCAGCAUGGAGGCUUUUGUGUGAGCUCCAGCAACCAAGCACCCGUUUGCACAUGUUCUGCAGGGUACAAGGGCCGCUUCUGUCAAAUACCCCCCACAGACUGCUACGAAGCCAAGGGGCAAACCUAUCGAGGCGUCGUCAGUACCACCGAGCGAGGGGACGACUGCCUUAACUGGCAUUCCUUCUACAUUUCGCUCCACCAACAAAGAGCUUUCCACACCUACCACAACUCCAGCAUUCUGGAAGAAAACAACCACUGCAGGAACCCAGACGGGGAAGACAAGCCGUGGUGUUACGUCAAAAGGGAUGGCCACCUGGAGUGGGACUAUUGCAACGUGAAGAAGUGUCACCGAGAACUCUUGAUACUCACCCCGCCGCCCAAAGUGAGCCAAGACUCUCCGUCGUUCUCCCAGUGCGGCGUAUCCCCUCCUCUCACCCAGCCCAGGAUCUACGGCGGGAGCAAGGCCGCGCCCGGUGCUCACCCGUGGCUGGUGUCGGUGCAAGUUCGACGUAAAAACUCACAGGCAGACUUUAGUCAUCACUGCGGUGGCAGCCUCAUCGCCUCCUGCUGGGUCCUCACAGCUGCCCACUGCAUAGAAAAUAAUUUUGACUACCAAGUGAAGCUGGGAGGGGUCAAAAUAAACCAAGCAGAGGACAAAAGCCAGAUCAUCCCUGUGAUAAAUGCCAUUAUCCAUAAAGGCUACAGGAGAACCCGUGACGCUCUUUACAGUGACGUGGCUCUGCUUCACCUCAAGUUCAUGGACGGAGAUCAGUGUGCCAAAGAAACAGAAGUUGUCCGCACCGUCUGUCUACCCAAUCAGAAUUUCCCUACGGGAAAGAAUUGCGUCGUCUCGGGAUGGGGAAAGACCGAAGACGAGCCGUACAGCAACCACUUGUUGGAUGUUGUCGUUUCUCUAAUCUCCCAGCAAAGGUGCAGAGAUCCCGAUGUGUACGCAAACUUGUUGGACAGCACCAUGUUGUGUGCCGGCGAGCUCCACGGCGGCAACGACUCCUGUCAAGGUGACUCAGGUGGUCCGCUGGUGUGCCAACACGACAGCGUGCACUACCUUGCAGGUGUGGUGAGCUGGGGCCAUGGCUGCGGGCGGCCCUACAAGCCUGGUGUGUACGCCAACGUUCAUUCAUUUGUCAACUGGAUUAAGCAGAGCAUUAACACCCCCCACACUUCAUUUGAACAUGAUUGGGAGAUUUUUGUCUAGGAUUUGUGGGACAUCUGAAUUAAAACAAAAAAAGGUACACAUGUUUGUCACUGACUGUGCUUUUUUUUUUUUUUU